UUAUAAAUUAACAAAAUAUUCAUAAAAAUCUCAAAUCGAAAGGCCAGAAAUGGAGACCAAGAAGCACUUUGUUUUGGUUCAUGGAGGUGGCCAUGGAGCCUGGUGCUGGUACAAGGUGAUUCCUUUGCUCAAGUUAGCUGGCCACCAGGUCACUGCCUUAGACCUUGGAGCUUGUGGAGUCAAUCCUAAGCAGCUACAUGAAGUUUCCUCUAUUUCUGAUUAUGUUCAGCCAUUAAUGGAGUUCAUGGCCUCACUUCCACCAGAUGAGAAGAUCAUUUUGGUUGGUCACAGCUUUGGUGGUUUUAGUAUUUCCCUUGCCAUGGAAAAAUUCCCUGAGAAGAUCUCGGUUGCAGUUUUUGUCUCUGCUUAUAUGCCCAGCUGCAGAAACCCACCAGCAACUCUCAUUGAAGAAUUCUUCAAGUGGACUCCAGUGGAUUCCUUAUAUGAUUGCCAUGCCUACUUCAGCAACGGCCAAGAUGGACUUCCAGUUUCCUUUUCCAUUGGACCAGAGUACUUGACCAAAAUGCUUUAUCUUCAUUGCCCACCAGAGGACUUGGAGUUGGGCAAACUUCUGGUAAGACCAACUGGUGUGUUUAUGGAUGACUUGGGGAAAGAUUCUUUGCUAACAGAAGCAAAAUUUGGAUGUGUGAGAAGAGUAUAUGUAGAAUGUGAAGGAGAUGUUGUAAUGAAAGAGGGAUUUCAGAAAUGGUUGAUUGCCAAUAGCCCACCAGAAGAAGUGAAGGUUAUUAGUGAAGCUGCACACAUGGUUAUGUUCUCUAAACCAGAAGAAUUUUCCCAAAUUUUGCAGGAUAUUGCAGAGAAAUAUAAUUAAAAAUAUGUUUUUUUUUUUAAUUUCACAAUAAGAGAACUCCAGUUCUUAUGGUUGUCUAAUUAUUGUUAAUGCUUUGUGAAAAUACUCUGUUAUCAGAAGGAUUUUAAUAUCAAAUUUAUGUCGUUAGUGGUUAAAUAAAAAAAAGGAUAUUUUUUAUA